CGGCCCUGUAAAGUUUGGCAGCGCGGCGGUGGUGGUGGUGUCGCGGCGUCGGAGGCUCAGGGAGAAUAGCGGAAUGGCCAAAAGAGAAAAUAUUGAUGCAAAACAAAGACGCGAGUAAUGGGAGCUGUUUGUGAACACGUGUUUUUGGCGGUGUGAAUGGUACACUUUGACUUUCUUUCCCAAAGGUCGAAUAAUAGAGGAUGAUAUUUGGUGGAUAGCCAAAGCUCCGCGGAUCAGAGUGGGCUGCUUUUUGCCGCUUUAAGCCGCUUUGCCUCUCCAUCUUUCCCCAAAGUAAGCGCUUUACGGAUUUCAGUGAACAGCUUAAAAACUGUUUUUUUUCCUGCGGAACUUUUUCCUCCAUAUUGGUCUGAGUUUCAGGAAAAGCAGCUCCUUUGGGCACCUGGUGAACUCAGAAGAAGGAAAACCAGCUCAUUUCUAUCAUUUUUGCGAUUGAAGAUGAAGGUAACGGUCACUUUCGGACGCACCGGUGUAGUGGUUCCCUGUAAGGAAGGCUGGACCGUUCGAGACCUCAUUCACCAAGCCACACAGAGAUACAGGAAACUUCUUGAACAGGAGGGAGACUUCCUGGUGCGGACCCACCACGUCGAGUACUGCGAUGGCGGCAUUCUGGAUCCCGAUGAUGUGCUUUCUGAUCUGGUGGAAAACAAGGACAAGCUGAUCGCAGUGUAUGAGGAACAAGAGGCCCGGCAAAGGGGAACGACGAGUCCUGGGAACAGCAGCAUCGGCGUCGUUCACAUCGGCACAAACGGUGGCAUCUCUCCAGGACAGCCGAGCCCCGAGCCCUACGAUGCCGAACUCGUGUGUUUCCAGCCAAUCCGAGGAGGGGAGAUCGAAGUCAACUCCUCCGCUCUUAAAGCCAGCACACCUCUCAUGGUGAGGAGCAGCAGUGACUCAGCUCUGGGCCCUUCAGGAGAGAACGGACCUGCACACAGCGAGAUGGAUAUGGAUCAAAACUCACUGGACGUGAACAAAGCUUCUCUCUUCAUGCUCAGCCUAGCGAGGACUGUGGAGAUUUCAGGAGAACAUGGGCCUCUUGGGAUACACGUGGUGCCCUACUGCUCGUCUCUCAGUGGAAGAGCUCUGGGCCUGCAGAUCCGGAGCGUGGAGGAGAACAGCCGCUCUAAAAGAGAAGGCAUCUUCCAGGACGAAGACUGCAUCAUCAAGAUUAACGACACCGAGCUGAUUGACAACUCCUUUUCACAAUCACAGGAAGUGUUCCGGCAGGCCAUGCGCUUUCCCGUUGUCCGUUUAGAGGUUCUCCCCUUGGCUAACAAAGAGCGAUUCGAGAAGAGUAUCAUCGGCCAUCUUUUCAACACAGAUGGCCAUGAUGGCACAGCCCGGCCCAAAGAGCCUCCUCCUCUGAAGGUGAAGCCCAUGGUAAGACCUGCAGAUUCCUCUUCUGGCAGACAAGCCGGACCUCAGGAGAGCAGCAGCGCGAGCACGGAGAACCGUUCUCUCGGAUCCCCUCUUCCCGUCAAUCUUUACCCAAGAGGCAAGAGCAGUAGCCCUGUACUCAGAAAGAGCCACACCGUCUCCCCUCUGGUCGGGUUCACCACCAAGAAGGGAGGCAAAAGGCUCAAAAUUGAUCUGAAAAAAGGUCCAGAGGGUUUGGGCUUCACCGUGGUAACCAGAGACUCAUCAUUGCACGGGCCCGGUCCCAUCUUAGUCAAGAACAUCCUCCCUAGAGGAGCCGCUAUUAAAGAUGGCCGCCUGCAAUCCGGAGACAGAAUAUUAGAGGUGAAUGGUGUGGACAUCACCGGUCGGACACAGGAGGAGUUGGUAGCUGUGCUGCGCAGCACUAAGCAGGGAGAGAGUGUGUCUCUGUUGGUGGUGAGGCAGGAGGAGUUAUUCCUGCCCAGAGAGCUGAAAGAGGCCCCGGUGCGCACCACUCAGCCUGAGGAAGGGAAGGAGCAGCUGAUGUUUGAGGUGCCUCUGAAUGAUUCGGGCUCAGCUGGCCUGGGUGUCAGCCUCAAAGGCAACAAGUCUCGUGAGACCGGUGAAGACCUGGGCAUUUUCAUCAAGUCAAUCAUCCAUGGCGGAGCUGCUUAUAAGGACGGCCGCUUGCGUGUCGACGACCAGCUGCUUGGCGUGAACGGAGAGACGCUCUUGGGAAAGUCCAACCACGAGGCCAUGGAGACACUGCGCAGGUCUAUGUCCAUGGAGGGGAACCUUAGAGGGAUGAUCCAGCUUGUUGUUCUCCGAGCAUUAUCGCCCUCCAACCAGGAGUACCCGGACUCCCGGAGAAUCCUCAAUCGAUCCUUCGAUAGCUGCGUGGGCCAGGCUGCACUCUUCAGCCAAUCAGAGAGCCCUGCGCAGCCCCAUACGGUGAUGAACAACAUCUUUGAACGAUCUGUGGUUUUAAAUGGGGGUUACAGUGACGAGAUAGGGUUCAGUCCUUAUAGGCAGAACGGAGAUCUGAGUGGAGGCUUGAACCAUCAGCCACAUCAGAGUUUGGAGUGGGAUUCGGGCCCAUGCCCAGCUGAAAGCUCUCUGACCUCUCAACAUCCUCAGGGUAUGACGGAGCAUCAUCAGAUCAAAUCUUCCAAAAGCAUGGACCUGGUUGUAGAUGAAAGCCAAGCGGGAUGCCUGGUGGGGCAAAAGUCAGCUUUCUCUGGUGUGGAGCUGGGUCCUACUCUAGGCCUGAAAAAGUCCAGUUCUCUAGAGAGUCUACAGACGGCAGUGUCCGAGGCUCAGAAGAACGACCUGCUGCUCUUCCACAGGCCUCGAGCUCACAUGGUGAGGGGCCGCGGCUGCAACGAGAGCUUCCGUGCUGCUAUUGACAAGUCAUACGACGGCCCAGCGGAGGAGGACGACGAUGAGGGCUCAGAGGCGAGCUCGGGACGGGACACCCCAGCCAGCAGCUCCUCACGCCAGGGGCUGGGAGACAACGACGAUAACAAGAAAGACAAGAAGAAGAAAAGCAAAGGAAAAAAGAAAGAGAAGUUGAAAAGCAAAGGGAAGGACAAAGACAAAAAGAAGGCAGAGGAGGCCACCGAGGAACCAGAUAAGAAGACGAAGAAGAAGGGAUUUGGACUGCUGAGGUUUGGAAAGAAGAAGGAAGAGAAGAGUAAGGGUGAGAGCAAAGCAAGCACACAGAAGCAUGCGUCAGACAUGCUGAGCGAAGAAGAGUUGGAAAGGAUGAAGGAAGAGAGGGAGAGGAUCGAAGCGAAGCACCAAGAGCUGAGAGAUCGUCAGGCUCGAGAUCGCUUUGGUUCUCCGGAUGUUGAGGAUGACGAUGUGGACCCCAACUACGCCCGGAUCAACACGUUCAGAGGACGUCUGUCUCCGUCUCAGUCUCCAUACGGGACCCGCAGCCCAUCACCUCAGAGAGCCACACACCCCUCCAAUCACAGUCAAGAGCAGUCAACUGAAGAUCCGCUUGAUGGCCUCUACGCUAAGAUCAACAAACCGAGAGGCCCAACCCCACAUGGAGCUGAUAGCAGUAUGGACCGUAUCCAGCAGCUGCGCAGAGAGUAUCAGCAAGCUCGGAGAGAAGGAGCUGCUCCAGCCUACGAAGAGUUGGAGGCUCGACGCCAAGGCUCAGAGUACGACCCACACCGGAUUCCUGUCAGGAGUUCUGACCCCAGAAUGGCUCCCCGCUAUGAGGAUGUGGAGCGUCAGUAUGCCUCCCUACCCAGAAGGGGGCCAGUGGAUUCUACCGAAUACCCCGGACAAGCUUGGCCUGUGCACAGGGACCCUGCUCACUAUACCACCCCACAGCCAGGCUACCACUCCAACUAUCCCCAUCGCCCCCUGGAUCCUCGGCACAACGACCCAGGCCUCUACCACCCCCACCCUCCACAGAGAGGCCCCAUGCGCCAGGACGUGCCCCCCUCACCCCCUGUGGCCCUCCGAAGUGCCCGGUACGACACCAUGAACCGUGGAGGCUUCAGACACACUAGUCCAGAGCGAUUUACCUACACGGAUGGUCGCCAUCCGGACCCGCGACAAAAGAACGCCAUGACUGCAGCCGUUUAAACACAGCAGUAUAUAUCCUGCCUGGUGCACAACCACACAAAACAACAUUCAACAACAACUCUGUGUUUUUAUGUGCUUGACCUGUGGUUCACUUUGCCUCAUCCUGAGUGACUUGCUGCCCAAGGCCACGUCUUAAAAAAUAAAAAAAAAAGCACAUACUACAUUCCUGUCUUCCUGCCAAGUGAGCAUUAAUGUAACUACAUUCAAGAGCUUCUCUUUUUCUCCAAAUCUGUGAUGCGACCAAAGGGUGGUGUAUGUGUACGAGCAUACCUGCUCCAGCUUCCAAGUCGAGCGAGAUUCCUAUGUUACCAUGCCUAUGUGAGCCAAGGCUUGGACGCUUCUUCACUUUAUUCAUCAGCUCAGUCUAAAGAGUGUAUUAUUGCCUUCUUUCCAGUGCUAUCAUAUUUCGAUUUAUCCCGAAAACUUCCAUUUUAUUAUUUCUUUCUUGAUCUUACAUGCGUAUUAUUCAGUAAAUAAAAUAAAUACAGAAGGCACAUGGAUGUAAUUGGAUGGGUAUUUUAAAGGGGUUAUAGGUCACCAUAUACACUUUUGUGCACACCUUCAGUCCUGUCAUAUUAGAUAAAUCUGUUCACCGUCACAUCCGUUGCCUUCUGCCUGUACACUUUAAAUCCUUUACUUUCUGCAUGUACACAAUUAUUCAUUUACACUAGGGCAUUUAUUAUUAUUCACAACCACACUGUUUAUAUGCAGUUGUUGGUGACACUUUCAGAUAACAUCAUUUAGAACCACUGACACCAGUAAGAGUCUUUUUCUAUCUUAAAGGGUUUUUUCUUUUCAUUAAAUGUUAUGUGAAGGUACUCUCUUCUAUCUAGUCCUACUGUUAAUGAGUUUGUCUUUUAUAUCUGUUCGAUUGAAGUCUUAUUAACCAAAAAUUGAAUGUGUUUGUCAAGAAAGGAACGAAGGAACCACCACAUCGGAAGGACGAGAAGACGAUAGAGUUGUUGCUCCACACGCUUCUUCUCAGCAAGCGGCAGCUUUCCGUUCUUAUUUUCCGCCACGCUAUUCGCACGUUUCGAACGUAUAAACGACACAGUGAACGUUUAGAAAGCAGAUAACGGACAAAUUCGAUUGUAAUACCUUUGAUGUACACGUAUGACUCAAGUAUAUUUUCAUAGCUCUGUAACAAACCAAACAAAUGUUAAUUGUGAACACAUUUUUUACUAACCCCUUUUAUAACACCACGUUAUUAAAUAUGCAUUGAAAAUAGAA